CUUUACCUCGACGCCUUUUUUGAACCGACAGGUUAGAAUUAAUAUUAGGGUUUGAGGACUCCAUAUGUUACUAUAUAAGGGACCCCAACUCCCUUACGUAAGGAUCAAAAAUAUAGAUUAUUCCUCUCCCUACUUCUCUUCUAAAAACCCUAAACCCUUUCCCUACGGCCGAUCGGAAGUAUCGACCUUCUUCUCCUUCGUCUUGUUUCUUCACUGCUGCACGGGCUAGAUACCUUCGUGUAUCAAUUGGUGCUUUCAUCGACGUACUCAUGACUAAUUCCGGAAUUUCUUCUGACUCCUUUACCCUCGCCGACAUCAUGGGCGCUAUCGCUGAGUUGCGGACGGAUCUACAGACCACUAAAACCAGGGUGGCGGAACUGGCAGUGGCAAACCGUCCAGUCACGGAACCCCAUCGGCGUGCACCGGCGCAGUUUACACCCGGGUGGCGACCUCCUCCUUCACGCACGACGCCACCAACUCUUGAACCCGCGCCACGGAUGCGGGUAGAUGCCCCUCGUUUUUCUGGUGAAGAUCCUACGGGCUGGAUUUUUAAGGUACAAAAAUAUUUUGAUUACUUCCUCACACCGGAGCCGGAGCGGUUGCAACUGGUCUCUAUGCUAAUCGACCAUCCCGCCUCGGAAUGGUUUCAUUAUUUCCAAGCUAACAACCCGGGUGCCACUUGGCCCGAGUUUUUGGACGCCGUGCAGCAACGUUUUGAUUCAAGUUAUUAUGAGAAUUAUAUUGGGCUGUUAUCUAAAUUAUCACAGACAUCGUCGGUUAUGGACUACCAGUCGGCGUUUGAAACAAUUUUAAAUAAGGUUUCGGGGGUACCCGAGGGGACUCUCAUUGCCAUAUUCAUUGCCGGCCUCAAACAACCGGUACGACGUGAGGUUAACUUGCAGAAUCCGUCCACCCUGGCCUCCGCGUUUGCCCUUGCCCAGGAACUGUCGGCAUGCCAUGAAGAGGCGGCGGCAUCCUAUUCGGCUAACAACAGGAAACCAUGGCAGCCUCGGCCGAGUUCUACCACAGGGACCGGACUUUUGCCCACUCCAGUACCUACCUCACGGCCUUCCCCACUCCGAGGCCGUCCAAAUGACAGAUCGUCUCCUCUGCAAGUGGUUCGUUUGUCCCCGGCUGAAAAGACAGAACGUAAUAAGAAAGGGCUCUGUUGGUAUUGCGACGAAAAAUGGGUGCCGGGACAUAAUUGUAAGCACCGAUUUUUGGUUCUCAUGGGCCCCGAUGACGACGACGAGGAUACCAGCGAUCUCACACCACCUGGCCACACCGAGGACACGAUAUCCGGGGAUGUUUCUAGUAUCUUAUCUCUGGCAGGGAGUCCUCGCUCGUUGAAGUUGGCGGGAUCUAUAAAUGGCGUGGCUGUUCAGGUUUUGUUGGAUGGGGGCAGUACCCACAAUUUUUUACACCCUGCGGUGGCCGAACGUUUGGCGUUGGUUCUACACCCUACCCCGGCUUUUCGCGUCUACGUAGGUAACGGUGAUUCGUUACGCUGCGCCUACUCAUGUCUGCAGACACCGUUAACCUUGCAAGGCCACGUUUUUGAGGUGGAUCUUUAUGUGCUUGCUAUUCACGGGCCCGACGUAGUACUUGGCGUUCAAUGGCUCCAGACGCUCGGCAAAAUCUCCCAUUAUUAUUCGGAGAUGACUAUGGAUUUUACUUGGCAGGGCCGUCCUAUUACUCUCCGCGGUGAUACCCCUACACCGCGACCCCUCUCUUAUAGUCAGUUCUGCGUCCUUGCCGCGUCGCCCGAGCCGUGUGACCAUUAUGAGCUUGUGUCUUCCGCUGCUACUAUCAACGCACAAGGGGCACCAUCAGAGGAUAUCCCCGCCGAUGUAUCGCAGCCUAUCCGGGAAUUAUUGUCUGAGUUUGUGGGGGUUUUCGUCGGGGCCACAAACCGCGCCGCCGAUGCAUUAUCUCGCAGGGAGGACGACUCGGACCCAGCCAAUCUGUUCACCGUGUGUGCACAGCCCAUUCCUCACCUCCUACAGACCCUAAAGACAGAGAAUUCUUCACUGCCAGACCUGGUGUCCUUACAUACGGCGGUUAGUGACGGGUCGGCACCAGCGCAUAUUUCGGUUCAUGAUGGGAUCCUUUACUACAAUCACCGUUUGUACAUCAGCCCUGCGUCACCCCUCUGCCAACAACUCCUCCAUGAGUUUCACGCCACACCCACGGCUGGUCACCAGGGCGUCGACCGCACAUUUCGCCGUUUAGCAGCCAUUUUCUUCUGGCCAGGCAUGCGACGGGCGGUGCGCCAGUUUGUGGCUUCAUGCACGGUGUGCCAAGCCACCAAACCUCCACCAUCUCUCUUUCCCACAUUAUCCGUCCGUGCCCGGGUCCCCGCAGUCGAGGAAUUAUUGCGUGAGCGGGCUGCCUUAUUGGAGGAUUUAAAACUUCAUUUGAGGAAAAUGCAGCAGAGGAUGUGCGCCCAGGCUAAUCGUCACCGGCGGGAGGUGGUAUUCAACGUCGGUGACAUGGUGCUCCUUCGGCUACAGCCUUAUCGGCAACACUCUUUGGCACGUCCUGGGUCGUACAAGCUGGCCAAACGUUUCUAUGGGCCCUUUGAAGUUUUGGAACGGGUGGGGCCGGUUGCAUACCGCCUCCGCUUACCGGAGGCUUGCCGCAUACACAAUGUAUUCCAUGUCUCACUAUUGCGACCCUAUGUUCAGCGGGAUGACAGUGCCGUGCUGCCCUCUUUGCCUCUGGAAUUCAUCAAGGGACGGCCAUUAUCUGUCCCGGUCGCAGCGUGGAUAGUCGUCGGGUGCUGGUCAACGGGGAACCGCGGGACAAGUGGCUAGUGCAGUGGUCAGAUGGCACACCAGCAGAGGCUACAUGGGAACCAGUCCAGGAACUAAUUGCUGCUUUUCCGGAUUUACGCCUUGAGGACAAGGCUA